AUGAAUGUUCCUCUCUCCCAUUUUGCCUUCGCUCUGCAGUUGAUUUGCGCCGCUGUGGUUGCCGUCUCUGCCGCUGUAGUCACUGGAUCCGUUGGAUACGUCUCCUUGGAGGACCAACUUCUGGAAGAAGGUACUAUCAGUGGUUCAGGACGCAGUACUUGCAGGCUUUACUGUCGGGUUGGCAUUGGUUUCCAUCUCCAGAUCCACACUGACGGAAGAGUCAACGGCAGUCAUGAACCUAAUCAGUUGAGUAAGUUAUUAAACCAUUCUGCUAUGGCCAGGCCUCUCAAGUGGAAUUAUGUUAAUAAAGUGCGAGUGGAUAGAGAGAAGGUAAUGCUGAAAUGGAAGACUAUUGCUAACUGAUUCAAUUGAUGUGUUUCCAACAUGUAUUGCAUUAAGUUGCCUAUGAACUAUAAUGUGUAUUACUAUGUAUCCUGAAAAAGGUGUUCAUUCAUAUUUUGAUUAGCCACUUCAACCUUAAUUGUAGUAUAUUUAAGCAAUAAUGCAGGAGGAGGUGUGAUAUAUGGCCAAUAUACCAUGGCUAAGGGCUGUUCUUAUGCAGGACGCAACGCGGGUUGCCUGGAUACAGCCCUUAGCCGUGUUAUAUUGGCCAUAUACCACAAACCCCCAGAGGUGCCUUAUUGCUAUUAUAAACUGGUUACCAACGUAAUUAGAGCAGUAAAAAUAAAUGUUUUGUUAUACCUGUGGUAUACGGUCUGAUACACCACGGCUGUCAGCCAAUCAGCAUUCAGGGCUCGACCCACCCAGUUUUUAAUUACAUACUGUAUGUUUAACCAUUACAUGUUUUAGGAAUAACAAAUCACCACACAGCUGUGGAAGGAUUGUGUCAUGUCAAGCUUAAAAUAAAUAUGCUAAAUAAUACAUACAUAAUUUAUGAAUAGGGUUCAGAUUCGUAGCAUAUCUAGCUACCCCUGCCAUUCCUACACCUAUCCUUAGCCUCAGGUUACUGGUUUCCCUGAGAAGCUGUUGACUGGAGCACGGAACAUCCUGGUCUCUUCUGCUGCACCUGUUACACAGACAGACCUGGCCAAUGUCCCAAAGAGUCACAAACAAGCCAUUUCAGACCGAUGGCCAGAGCCUGUAUUCAUAAAGCGUCUCACAGAAGGAGGGCUGAUCUAGGAUCCGUUUGCCUUUCAGAUCACAAUUAAUGCAAUUAUAUGAACGGGGUGGACCUCAUCCUAGAUCAGCACUCCUUCUGCGAAACGCUUUGUGAAUACGGGCUCUGGCCAUCGGUCUGAAAUGGCUUGUUUGUGACUCUUUGGGACAUUGGCCAGGUCUGUCUGUGUAACAGGUGCAGCAGAAGAGACCAGGAUGUUUUGGAUUGGACAUCAGUAUGAUUGUCAUCACAACAACGGAAUGUGCAACAUGGUUGGAUGGUUGUCAUUGGCUCUGUGUAUUACGAAGUUGGGACAUGCUAGUUUCCAAAAUUCCUCCUUCUGUUUCCUCAGUCUAAAAGUGUUUUGGAUUCAUAAAAAACGAAAUUAAAUUAAAUAUUUUUUGUUAUUGCCAAAAAAUGUAGCUAGUCAAAUAAUCUUACUCUGGAUGAUUAUGUAAUUGAUGGAAAGAGUCUUGUAAUCUCAAAAUGCAAUUUUGUAUCCAGAUCUAAUAUUAAGAAGAAGAAGAAGAAGAAGAUCUUAUAGGCUAAGUAUUAUAUACUAUUUUGACAAGACACAUUUCAAAGUCGCCUAGAGUAAUUCUAGAGUACUACUUAUUUAAGAUCAAAACAGCAACUCUAUUAAUGCAGUAACAGGAAUCUGAAAAGUGUCUAUGUGUCUCCAGCCAACAGAUACAGUACAUAUAAAUCAGGAUUUGACCUUUGGGAGAUUCCACCACCCCAGAUAUCUACUAACUCUAAUUUACUUAGUAAGCAGUUUAAAGCUGACCAUGAACAUAUUGUAAUGCACUUUCUCUCUUUCAUUUCAUGAUCUGCUUUAGAAGACAUGUCAUAUUACAGUACAUGGAAACAUAGCCGUUCUUAAAGCUACAGUCUGCCAUCUGGGAAUCUGUUCAGUGGUCAUUUAAAGUCUUAAAUUCUGUCACGAUCAUCGUAAUGAGCGGACCAAGGCGCAGCGUGAUAUGCGUACUUCUUUUAAUGAGUACUUUACUAAUAUGACAAAAUAACAAAACGAUACGUGAAGUCCUCGGUCAUAAACACAAACCUACACGGAACAAGAUCCCACAAAAGACAAGUGCACAACAGGCUGCCUAAGUAUGGUUCCCAAUCAGAGACAACGAGCCACAGCUGUCUCUAAUUGGGAACCACCCCGGCCAACAUAGAAACACAUAAACUAGAACAAGAACAAAGAAAACGAAACAUAGAACCUAACACCCAGAAACUAACACAUAGAAACUAACACCCUGGCUCAACAUAUAAAAGUCCCCAGAGCCAGGGCGUGACAGUACCCCCCCCCCCCCCCCCCCCAAAGGCGCGGACUGCGACCGCGCCAACUAAACCCAACAGGGGAGGGGCCGGGUGGGCAUUCCGCCUCGGAGGCGGAUCCGGCUCCGGGCGUGACCACCACCCUCUAACUAACCCCCCGUAGCGCCCCUGGUCUGGUCCUGCUGGCUGGAGCUGGACUGGACAUCGGUGGAGCGGAUUGCUUAGGCUCCGGAGUGGAGCAGCUGACCGGUACCUGACCAGGCACCGGUGAAACAGGCACGGGCUGUGCCGGACUGACGACGCGCACCACAGGCUUGGCGCGGGGAGCAGGAAUGGGCCGGACCGGGCUGACGACGCGCACCACUGGCUUGGUGCGGGGAGCAGGAACGGGCCGGACCGGGCUGACGACGCGCACCACUGGCUUGGUGCGGGGAGCAGGAACGGGCCGGACCGGGCUGACGACGCGCACCACUGGCUUGGUGCGGGGAGCAGGAACAGGCCGGACCGGGCUGGCGACGCGCACCACUGGCUUGGUGCGGGGAGCAGGAACGGGCCGGACCGGGCUGACGACGCGCACCACUGGCUUGGUGCGGGGAGCAGGAACAGGCCGGACCGGGCUGGCGACGCACACCACUGGCUUGGUGCGGGGAGCAGGAACGGGCCGGACCGGCAUGACGACGCACACCACUGACUUGGUGCGGGGAGCAGGAACGGGCCGGACCGGGCUGACGACGCGCACCACUGGCUUGGUGCGGGGAGCAGGAACAGGCCGGGCCGGGCAGGCAACGCGCACCACAGGCUUGGUGCGAGGGGUAGGAACAGGCCGGGCCGGGCUGGCGACGCGCACCACAGACUUGGUGCGAGGGGCAGGAACAGGCCGGGCCGGGCUGGCGAUGCGCACCCCAGGCUUGGUGCGAGGGGCAGGAACAGGCCGGGCCGGGCUGGCGACGCGCACCCCAGGCUUGGUGCGAGGGGAAGGAACAGGCCGGGCCGGGCCGGGCUGGCGACGUGCACCACAGGCUUGGUGCGAGGGGCAGGAACAGGCCGGGCCGGGCUGGCGACGCGCACCACAGGCUUGGUGCAAGGGGCAGGAACAGGCCGGGCCGGGCUGGCGACACGCAUCACAGGCUUGGUGCGAGGGACAGGAACAGGCCGGACCGUACUGGGAACACACACCACUGGCCUUGUACGGGGAUCAGGAACGGGCCGGACCGGACUGGUAACACACUCCAGUACCUCUCGCCGUGCCUCUACACUCUCCUUCCCUCUAAUGACCAAUGGCCCCCGUAACCUGGUGGCCUUCUCUCCUAGUCCACAAUCUCGCCCUGUAGCUGCCUCCAGCAGCCCCGUCAUCCAUGCCAUGUGCCCCCCCAAAAAAAAAUUAUUGGGGUUGCCUCUCGCCUGUCCGACGACGGCCCGGUUGGUGCCGCUUCUCCUCUCCUGCCUGGGUCUCCCCCUUCAUCGCCCUCCGGUAACGGACGGCCUCCUCCUCCGUUAUCCUCCCCCAACCGAGGAGGACAUUUACCAAUGUUACCUCCGGCGUUUGCUCCUGGAAACGCUGCUUGGUCCUGUUUUGGUGGGAUCUUCUGUCACGAUCGUCGUAAUGAGUGGACCAAGGCGCAGCGUGAAAUGCGUACAUCUUUUAUUGAGUACUAUUAACAAUAACAAAACAAACAAAACGAAACAAAACGUGAAGUCCUCGGUCAUAAACACAAACCUACACGGAACAAGAUCCCACAAAAGACAAGUGCACAACAGGCUGCCUAAGUAUGGUUCCCAAUCAGAGACAACGAGCCACAGCUGUCUCUAAUUGGGAACCACCCCGGCCAACAUAGAAACACAUAAACUAGAACAAGAACAAAGAAAACGAAACAUAGAACCUAACACCCAGAAACUAACACAUAGAAACUAACACCCUGGCUCAACAUAUAAAAGUCCCCAGAGCCAGGGCGUGACAAAUUCUCUCCAAUAAAUAAUAUAACGUAUAAAUGCCUCAUGAGCUUAGCACAACUAUCUUACCCUAUCAUAACCCACAAUAUAAGGUUAAAUAUUUCUGGCCCCAUUCUUCAGCUCUACCAAAACAAGUGGCGGGUGAAUACCAGAACAGAGCGAAUGCCAGGAUGUAGCUUUAUGUGUCUACUGUUCUAACAGAGAGAUGGGGUGUCCGUGACUGACCACUUGACAAUCGAAUCUCAUAUUAUCAUAAUUAAUUGGAUUUCAUAUUGAUUUCACAAAGAAAUCAACUUUUUAGUUUUGUAAUGUGGUCUACCCCAUUAACAUCAAUGCAUGAUUAACAAGUUCUUGAGUUUGUCUCAAGUUUGAUACUGAAACAGGCAAGCAGGUGUUCUUAUUUCUGUUUGUCCAAGAAAAUACUCAGUAACAUAUACAAUGGUAAUACAUUGUUAUUACUAUAGUGUAAUUACUGUUACCAAACAGGUAUAAUAUCAACUUAAUGGAAAGUGUUACUGAGAUUUGAGUUAUGAUUAUUAAGAACAUUAGGUUGCUGGUUACAUCAGUGUAGUAACGUGGCUGUAGUUACCGAGGUAACGUCAGUGUAGUAACGUGGCUGUAGUUACCGAGGUAACAUCAGUGUAGUAACGUGGCUGUAGUUACUGAGGUAACGUCAGUGUAGUAACGUGGCUGUAGUUACCGAGGUAACGUCAGUGUAGUAACGUGGCUGUAGUUACUGAGGUAACAUCAGUGUAGUAACGUGGCUGUAGUUACUGAGGUAAGUCAGUGUAUACGUUGUAGUUACGAGGUAACAUGUAGCUGUGUUAAUUACUGAGGGUGUAGUAACGUGCGUGUUAUGAGGUAACGUCAGUGUAGUAACAUGGCUGUAAUUACUGAGGUAACGUCAGUGUAGUAACGUGGCUGUAGUUACUGAGGUAACAUCAGUGUAGUAACGUGGCUGUAGUUACCGAGGUAACGUCAGUGUAGUAAUGUGGCUGUAAUUACCGAGGUAACGUCAGUGUAGUAACGUGGCUGUAGUUACUGAGGUAACGUCAGUGUAGUAACGUGGCUGUAGAGUUGAGCAUUUUUUUGUUAUUACACAAGUUGAAUGAGUAACAGUCCCUAUAAAUAACUAGAUCAUAACUAAAAUCUAAAUCCUUUUAGAGGGACCAAGGUGUAAACUUUAUAUAUCAACGAAUUGGCGAGGGCACUGGAACAGUCUGCAGCACCCGGCCUCACCCUAAUAGAAUCUGAAGUCAAAUGUCUACUGUUUGCUGAUGAUCUGGUGCUACUGUCCCCAACCAAGGAGGGCCUACAGCAGCACCUAGAUCUUCUGCACAGAUUCUGUCAGACCUGGGCCCUGACAGUAAAUCUCAGGAAGACAAAAAUAAUGGUGUUACAAAAAAGGUCCAGUUGCCAGGACCACAAAUACAAAUUCCAUCUAGACACCGUUGCCCUAGAGCACACAAAACACUAUACAUACCUCGGCCUAAACAUCAGCGCCACAGGUAACUUCCACAAAGCUGUGAACGAUCUGAGAGACAAGGCAAGAAGGGCCUUUUACGCCAUCAAAAGGAACAUAAAAUUUGACUUACCAAUUAGGAGCUGGCUAAAAAUACUUGAAUCAGUUAUAGAACCCAUUGCCCUUUAUGGUUGUGAGGUCAGUGGUCCGCUCACCAACCAAGAAUUCACAAAAUGGGACAAACACCAAAUUGAGACUCUGCAUGCAGAAUUCUGCAAAAAUAUCCUCAGUGUACAAUGAAAAACACCAAAUAAUGCAUGCAGACAGAAUUAGGCCGACACCCGCUAAUGAUUAAAAUCCAGAAAAGAGCCGUUAAAUUCUAUAACCACUUAAAAGGAAGCGAUUCCCAAACCUUCCAUAACAAAGCCAUCACCUACAGAGAAAUGAACCUGGAGAAGAGUCCCCUAAGCAAGCUGGUCCUGGGUCUCUGUUCACAAACACAAACAGACCCCACAGAGCCCCAGGACAACAACAAAAACACAAUUAGACCCAACCAAAUCAUGAGAAAACAAAAAGAUAAGUACUUGACACAUUGGGAAAGAAUUAACAAAAAAACGGAGCAAACUAGAAUGCUAUUUGGCUCUAAACAGAGAGUACACAGUGGCAGAAUACCUGACCACUGUGACUGACCCAAACCUAAGGAAAGCUUUGACUAUGUACAGACUCAGUGAGCAUAGCCUUGUUAUUGAGAAAGGCCGCCGUAGGCAGACCUGGCUCUCAAGAGAAGACAGGCUAUGUGCACACUGCCCACAAAAUGAGUUGGAAACUGAGCUGCACUUCCUAACUUCCUGCCAAAUGUAUGACCAUAUUAGAGACACAUAUUUCCCUCAGAUUACAGAGAUCCACAAAGAAUUCGAAAACAAACCUAAUUUUGAUGAACUCCCUUAUCUACUGGGUGAAAAACCACAGUGUGCCAUCACAGCAGCAAGAUUUGUGACCUGUUGCCACAAGAAAAGGGCAACCAGUGAAGAACAAACACCAUUGUAAAUACAACCCAUAUUUAUGUUUAUUUAUUUUCCCAUUUGUACUUUAACUAUUUGCACAUUGUUACAACACUGUAUAUAUAUAUAUACAUAAUAUGACAUUUGAAAUGUCUUUAUUCUUUUGGAAUUUACUGUUAAUAUUUAUUGUUUAUUUCACUUUUGUUUACUAUAUACUUCACUUGCUUUGGCAAUGUAAACAUAUGUUUCCCAUGCCAAUAAAGCAAUUAAAUUAAAUUGAAUUGAAUUGAGAGGCAGAGAGAGAGAGAAACACACAGAGAGAGAGAGCUCAUCCCUCGGCAGUAGUAAUGUAGAUUACUUUAUCACUGAACUCAACCCAGAGUCUCUCAGAGCGUUCACAGUCAGCCCAUUAACACCCCUAUCAGAUCACAGCAGAAUCACAGUCUACCUGAACAGAGCAACGCUAAACCAUGAGGUAUUGAAGCUGAAUAAACUGCAUGAUAUUAAGAACUGCUAUAGCUGGAAGGAGGUAGUGUAGAAACCUACCAAAAAACAAUUAGGCAACAACAAUUUAAUUUCUCCUAGACAAAUUCCUGUUUCCCUGCAAUAGUGAAGGUUUAGAAUUAGCAGUACGAAGCCUGAACAAUAUAUUUGACCUAUCAGCUAACAUAUCAAAUCAAAAUAAUUCUAGCAGAAAACCUAACAAUGAGAAAUGGUUUGAUGAAGAAUGCAAAAACCCAAGAAAGACAUUGAGAAACCUGUCCAACCAAAAACACAGAGACCCAGAAAACGAGAACCUACGUCUUCACUAUGGUGAAACACUAAAACAGUACAGAAAUACACUAAGAAAAAAGAAGGAACAGCGUGUCAGAAAACAGCUCAAUGUGAUUGAAGAAUCCAUAGAAUCAAAUCACUUCUGGGAAAAUGUUUGUUACAGUAUUUUACUGUAUUGCCUUUUUUCUUACUUUAGUUAAUUUUUUACUUUAAAGAAAAUCUGGUUAAAGGCUUAUAAGUAUUUCACAGUAAGGUCUACACCUGUUGUAUUCGGUGCAUGUGACACAUACAAUUUGAUUUGAUUUGAAAUUGGAACACGAUAAACAAACAACACGAAGAGCUAUCAACAAUCAGCUAUUAAACAACACAAAGAGCUAUCAACAAUCAGCUAUUAAACAACACAAAGAGCUAUCAACAAUCAGCUAUUAAACAACACAAAGAGCUAUCAACAAUCAGCUAUUAAACAACACAAAGAGCUUUCAACAAUCAGCUAUUAAACAACACAAAGAGCUAUCAACAAUCAGCUAUUAAACAACACAAAGAGCUAUCAACAUGGAGAUGUAUGGAUUAACCACUUCUCCAACCUUUUCGGCCAUUUAACAAAGAACCAAGAGCAAACACAUAUGCAUGAUCAAUUGCAAAACUUAUAAUCAGCUAUUAAAGACUACCAGAACCCACUGGAUUCUCCAAUUAUAUUGGAUGAGCAGAAAAUAAAAAAUAAACUCCAACCCAAAAAAAGCCUGUGGUGUUGAUGGUGUUGAUGGUAUAACUAAAUUAAAUGAUAAAAUAUACAGACCACAAAUUCAAAUGUCUCUUCAACAUCAUCCUUAGCUCUUCUUCGCAUCUUCACCAAUAUUUGGAACCAAGGUUUGAUCACCCCAAUCCACAAAAGUGAAGACAUAUUUGUCCCCAAUAAUUACAGUGGACAGUAACCUCAGAAAAAUCCUCUGCUGUAUCAUCAAAAGAAGACUCCAACAUUUCCACAGUGAAAACAAUGUCCUGUGCAAAUGUCAAAUUUGCUUCUUAGAAAAAUACUGUACGACAGACCACGUAUAAACCCUCUUAUUGACAAACAAAUAAAACAACACAAAAGCAAAGUCUUCUCAUACGUUGUUAGCUUUUGACUCAAUUUGGCAUGAGGAUCUGCUAUACAAAUUGAUGGAAAGCGAUGUUGGGGGGGAAGUUAAAAUUGGCAAUAUAAACACAGAUUUCUUUCUUCAGGGCCGUGGGGUGAAACAGGGAUGUAGCUUAAGCCCCACCCUCUUCAACAUACACUGAGUGUACAAAACAUCAGGAACUCUUUCCAUGACAUAGACUGACCAGGUGAAAGCUAUGAUCCCUUAAUGAUGUCACUUGUUAAAUCCACUUCAAUCAGUGUAGAUGAAGGGGAGGAGACAGGUUACAGAAUGAUUUUUAAGCCUUGAGACAAUUGAGACAUGGAUUGUGUAUGUGUGCCAUUCAGAGGGUGAAUGGGCAAGACAAAAUAUUUAAGUGCCUUUGAAUGGUGUAUUGUAGUAGGUACCAUGCACACUAGUUUGAGUGUAAAGCUGCUGGGUUUUUCAUGGUCAACAAUUUCCUGUAUGUAUCAAGAAUGGUCCACCACCCAAAGGACAUCCAGCCAACUUGACACAACUGUGGGAAGCAUUGGAGACAAAAUGUCCAUGCCCUGACAAGGGCAAAAGGGGGUGCAACUCAAUAUUAGGAAGGUGUUCCUAAUGUUUUGUACACUCAGUGUAUAUAUCAAGGAAUUGGUGAGGGCACUAGAACAGUCUGCACCUUCAUGAUGUAAUGUUUACUGUACAUUUUUUAAAAUGUUUUUUUGUUGAUGAUGUUUUUUGUUUCUUCUCACAUUUGUUUAUUGUUUAUUUCACUUGCUUUGGCAAUGUAAACAUAUGUUCCCCAUGCCAAUAAAGCCCCUUGAAUUGAAUUGAGAACGAGAGAGAGAGCGAUAGAGGCAGAGAGAGAGUGAGAGAGAGAGAGAGAGAGAGAGAGAAAGAGAGAGAGAGAGAAAUAGAGAGAGAGAGACAGAGAGAGAGGCAGAGAGAGAGAGAGAGAGAGAGAGAGGCAGAGAGAGAGAGGCAGAGAGAGAGAGAGAGGCAGAGAGAGAGAGAGAGAGGGGGGGGGGGGGAGAGAGACAGAGAGAGACAGAGAGUGACAUAGAGAGACACAGAAAUAACGAAACAAAGAGAGGAACCCUAGAAAAUUCAAGAAAUAGCAUAUUGAUGUAUUGUUGUGAUGAUGAUUCUGUUUCUAUUCUCAGGUGUCCUUGAGCUCUUUGCGGUUUCUCAGGGGGUCAUCGGUAUCCGAGGAGUCUACAGCAACAGAUUUCUAGCCAUGAACAAGAGAGGAAGGCUGCAUGCCGUCGUAAGUAUCCCAAUAAGUACCCCAUUUAUUAUAUAGUGCACUACUUUUGCCCAGGGCCCAUAGGGUGCCAUUUAUGGUGUCAUUUUGCAGAAACUACAUUGUUUCUUUUCAUGAAAUGAAUUUGUCCUGAACACUGAAAGAGAUGAAAGCAAUAGUAAGACCCCAGAUCUGUUUGUGCUGUGUUGCCAAUGGGACCAGGCUAGAACCAGGCUAGAAAGUCAUGGCACAGACAACAAAUGUGAACCAUCUUGAGAAUUGCUGAUUUACUUUCCUUUUUUUUUUACUAUGAAUUGCUUCAAAUUACUUUAAAUCUGCACCCAGCAGUCAGUCAGCUAGCCAGCCAGCCAACCAGCCAGGCGGGCAGCCAGGCGGGCAGCUACACUGCUGUUUGUAAGCUGGACAGCCAAUCAUCUAGCUCUGCUGACAGUCAUCCGUAGGGAGCCUGGGCUUGGCCUGGCUGGGUAGAUAGAUACAAGCCUCUUCCUGUUAGCAUGUGUUAACGGGCAGUCCAGAUUAGUCCAAUCUGGGAAGGCCGAUAAUAUAUCUAGAGAGAGAAAGAGAGAGAAAGAUACAGCGACAGAGAGACAGACAGGCAGACAGAGCGAGCGAGCGAGUGAACAAGACAGAGAGGGAGAGAAAGAGUGAGUGAAUGAGACAGAAAGAGGGAAAAAGUGAGUGAACUGGACAGAGAGAGGGAAAAAGUGAGUGAACUGGACAGAGAGAGGGAAAGAGUGAGUGAACGAGACAGAGAGGGAGAGAAAGAGUGAGUGAACUAGACAGAGAGAGAGGGAAAGAGUGAGUGAACUGGACAGAGAGAGAGGGAAAGAGUGAGUGAACUGGACAGAGAGAGGGAAAGAGUGAGUGAACGAGACAGAGAGGGAGAGAAAGAGUGAGUGAACUAGACAGAGAGAGAGGGAAAGAGUGAGUGAACUGGACAGAGAGAGAGGGAAAGAGUGAGUGAACGAGACAGAGAGAGCGAGAGCGAGAGCGAGAGCGAGAGCGAGAGCGAGAGCGAGAGCGAGAGCGAGAAACAAAGGGAUAAAUGUGAAGAAGUCCUGUAAGCCGCUGCAGACACAGUGGACAAUUAGAGUUUGUCCAGCUGAAUAGGAUCCAUCAGUGGUGAAUUAGUCUGGAUUCUCCUCGCUCGCUGCGCACACACACACACACACACACACACACACACACACACACACACACACACACACCUGAGACGCCCAGCCCUGUGUGUGUGUGUGUGUGUGUGUGUGUGUGUGUGUGUGUGCAGCGAGCGAGGAGAAUCCAGACUAAUUCACCAGUGAUGGAUCCUUUUCAGCUGGACUAGCUCUAAUUGUCCACUGUGUCUGCAGCGGCUUAUAGGACUCUUCUUCACAACAGAAAGACUCUCUGUGGUUGGGGGGCUCGUCUGUCUGUGGUCGGGGGGCUCGUCUGUCUGUGGUCGGGGGGCUCGUCUGUCUGUGGUUGGGGGGCUCGUCUGUCUGUCGUCGGGGGGCUCGUCUGUCUGUGGUUGGGGGGCUCGUCUGUCUGUGGUCGGGGGGCUCGGGUUCCACACACUGUCUUUAUCCGUCUGUCAUAUUUAGUGGCAAUUGAUUGUCUGUAAUAAUGGGCAAGUAGACAGAUGUGUUUUAUCUACCAAGCCAGCGAUUACAAACAACAUCUCUUCUAAGGUCAAAGGGUCACCUGGAUUUAUUGAACAAACGUUGGGGGGAGGGAGGGAGGGAGGGAGAGCAUGAGAGAAAGAGAGAAUAAAAGGAACCAUACCAUACAGGUUAUUAGAUCUGGUGGGAGCUCUGCCGAACCAUACCAUACAGGUUAUUAGAUCUGGUGGGAGCUCUGCCGAACCAUACCAUACAGGUUAUUAGAUCUGGUGGGAGCUCUGCCUAACCAUACCAUACAGAUUAUUAGAUCUGUUGGGAGCUCUGCCGAACCAUACCAUACAGGUUAUUAGAUCUGGUGGGAGCUCUGCCGAACCAUACCAUACAGGUUAUUAGAUCUGGUGGGAGCUCUGCCGAACCAUACCAAACAGGUUAUUAGAUCUGGUGGGAGCUCUGCCGAACCAUACCAUACAGGUUAUUAGAUCUGGUGGGAGCUCUGCCGAACCAUACCAUACAGGUUAUUAGAUCUGGUGGGAGCUCUGCCGAACCAUACCAUACAGGUUAUUAGAUCUGGUGGGAGCUCUGCCGAACCAUACCAUACAGGUUAUUAGAUCUGGUGGGAGCUCUGCCGAACCUUACCAUACAGAUUAUUAGUUCUGGUGGGAGCUCUGCCUAUAAACAAAUGAACAACAAAAUACGGAAGAUCCAGUAUUAAGUAAAACAAAGAGAUGUUCUUGGUUGACACUCCCACAGUAGAAUAGGCCCGUAGUGCAGAUUUACAGUAGUGUACUUGAGGAACAGGCCCGUAGUGCAGAUUUACAGUGGUGGACUUGAGGAAUGGGCCUUGGCUAUCGCUAAGAGUUCUAGAGGAGUCGCGUCAAGGCCAACCAUAACCACCCAUAACCACCCAUAACCACCCAUAACCACCCAUAACAAGACAGAAAACUGGGAUGAUGUCUGAAUCCUGAAUAAUUUAUGUCUAUGUUAAACCGUCAGGAACAAAAACACUAUGCCUAAGGACUAACCCAAAACCAAAUAAUAUGGGUGCCACAAAGUAAAUCAUUCAAGUAAUAUCUAAAUCCUACUAGCUCCGGUGCUCACUCCCUCCGCUAGUCAAAGAACACACACAGACAAAACACACACACACAACACAAAACACACACACACACACAACACAACACACAACACACACGCACCAGUCAUUCUCCCACCAGCUACAAGCUACGACAGCAAUUCUUGGCCUCGUCUUCUUCAAUUACGCUCACCUCCACACUUCAACACACACUCAAGGUUUGGACAAGCUAAUCCGAUGCCCAGGUGUCAACGGGCCUGUCAAAUUCCCAGUGACGUGGUGUUGCUCCUUCUAUUCCUCUGCUUCUCAUCCGUCUGCUUCUCAUCCGUCUGCUUCUCAUCCGUCUGCUUCUCAUCCGUCUGCUUCUCAUCCGUCUGCUUCUCAUCCGUCUGCUUCUCAUCCGUCUGCUUCUCAUCCGUCUGCUUCUCAUCCGUCUGCUUCUCAUCCGUCUUCUUCUCAUCCGUCUGCUUCUCAUCCGUCUUCUUCUCAUCCGUCUGCUUCUCAUCCGUCUGCUUAUCAUCCGUCUGCUUCUCAUCCGUCUGUUUCUAUCCGCCUGCUUCUCAUCCGUCUGCUUCUCAUCCGUCCUGCUUCUAUCCGUCCGCUUCUCAUCCGUCCGCUUCUCAUCCGUCUGCUUCUAUCCGUCUGCUUCUAUCCGUCUGCUUCUAUCCGUCUGCUUCUCAUCCGUCUGCUUCUAUCCGUCUGCUUCUCAUCCGUCUGCUUCUCUCCGUGCUUGCUUCGUCGCUGGUUCUGUUAGCUUGGUAGCUAGCAGGCUGUGGCUGUUGUAGUAAUGUGUGGUGUCGGAGUGUGGAGCUGGAGCUGGUAGCAAGUGCAGGAGGAGUGAGAGAAAAAGGUGCGUCCAUCCCUCAUUGUAAAGGGACCCAAUCAGGUGAGCCCGUUCAGGUAGUCCGAGGCAACCUAACAUGAGUUGGGCUCACACACAAAAAGGGGCGGGUUAAUAGCAUGAGAUUGACACAUCAUAUACAAAUCACAGUAAUCCCCUUUUGCCACUUGUGAACAUUUCGUCAAUUCUUUGAUCAAUGCUUAAGUGAUAACUAAACAGACUAAAAGGCUCAGAUGAGUAUGUUCAGCCUCACACAGUACUGCACAAGUGUUGUAGGAUCAUGGGAGACGGCUGUUUUAAAGAGUGUAACCAAUCGUUCAGGCCGCUCGCAGGUUGGACAGCUGUCCAAGCAUUAUGAUUUUACACAAUAAAACCUCUAUCUGCUUCCAGUCAUUAAACUGAACUCAAACCAGAAACAGAGACAGGAUAGAAGGAUAGAACCAUGGAAUGCUUUAAACCAUAAACAGAGACAGGACAGAAAGAAGUCGACCAAAACAAUGUAAUUGCCAUGGAAACGCGUGGGGGAAAGUUCCCUAUUCUCCUUAACGCCCGCAUUUAGCCAAUGGUUUAUAUCUGUAUAUCACACUAUGUUGAGGUGUCACGUUCGUUGAAUGAUGGGUCAGACCAAGGCGCAGCGUGAUAUACGUACAUGUUUAUUUUAACUUUUAAACACACUACAAAACAACAAAGGAAAUGAAACGUGAAGUCCAAGGUAGAACACACACACAACAUACCUUACAAGGAACAAGAUCCCACAACACACUAGUGCCAAUAGGCUGCCUAACUAUGAUCCCCAAUCAGAGACAACGAGCUACAGCUGCCUCUGGUUGGGAACCACACCGGCCAACAUAGAACUAUACAUAAUAGAUCGAAACCUAGAAAACACACAACAACGAAUAUACACACCCUGACUCAACAUUUAAGCGUCCCCUGAGUCAGGGCGUGACAUGAGGUAAAAAUCGGAGUAUAAUGCUUGUAUGGAUGUCAACCCCAACACAUGUUCAUGUCAUCAUUACCAAUCAACAACAUUACAGUUAAAAAACGACUUUGACUACCACCACCGAUUUCUGUGUGCUAGCUAUGCUAACCAGCUUAUUUGAAUGGGAGUUAGCAUUUUGCAGUCACUUCUUCUAAAUCUGAAAACUUCUACAUGUCGGACUUAAGUAGCCACAUUGUGGACCUGUUCCAAUGCAUAAAUCAUGACAGAUUUGACAAAUAUACACUUUGUUCGAUCAGAUUUGUUAAAUGUGCGCCAAUCUGGUCAAUGGAACGUCUGCGUUUCAUUGACUCCUUUACCGCAUCUAUAGAAGGAUAGAACUAUGGAAUCCUUUUGGUGCUACUCAUAAUAUCUCAACAUUCUACAAGCACUAAAUAUUCUAAGAAUGUAAUAAUAUAUGGCAUUUAGUAGACACUUUUAUCCAAAGCUUUUUAAGCAUUUAGUAGACACUUUUAUCCAAAGCUUUUUAAGCAUUUAGUAGACACUUUUAUCCAAAGCUUUUUAAGCAUUUAGUAGACACUUUUAUCCAAAGCUUUUUAAGCAUUUAGUAGACACUUUUAUCCAAAGCUAUUUAAACAGUGAUUGCAUACAUUUUUUUGUGUGAAUGUGACCCCAGCGGAAUUAAAAUCUACAAACCUGGAAUCACAAGUGCCACACUCUUAACAACUGAGCCACACAGGACCAUUUUGAAAGAGGAAUUAAGUCCUUGUUGUAAGGCUUGUGGUACUGUGGAGCUACAUUAUCUGUCAACUAGCUGUGCACAACUGCUACAGUGUCGCCUUUCAGUGUGUUGGGAGAAUUUACUGUACUGUCAGGCUAAAACUGUUGAAGUCACCUACCCACAACCAUCGAGGGCUUUCCCAUACAAUUGUCUAAUUAUUACUCAAAACAACAAUACCCGGAGGAUGCUGGGGAAUAUAGAACAACUUAUAAAGUUGAUGGUCUUCAUCUGUUGUUAUGGUGGAUCAUCUUGUGAGUGACAUGUUUACAGAGUGGCUGUAAUGGCACCGUGUUCUGCAGUGUUGUUGUUUCAGAACCAACAGAACAGGGUAAGGGCUGUAAAAGGCAUUGUAGCAUACAUGUUCUACUGCACCUGUGGGCAUCCUGGGGUAGUACAUGUUGUAGUUUCCCACCAAAGGUAUUUUUAGGGUUAGUUAGGAAGCCACAAGACAGACAUCUUGUGUUGUGAAUUUUUUGGAUUUUAGUUGAGGAAUGGGUUUAGUCUCAAUCCUGAAUGAGCAAAGUCAUUCAUUCAGAUCACAUUUACUCGGGGCGGCAGGUGGCUCAGUGGUUAAGAGCGCUGUGCCAGUAACCGAAAGGUCGCUGGUUCUAAUCCCCGAGCCGACUAGGUGAAAAAUCUGUCGAUGUGCCCUUGAGCAACGCACUUAACCCUAAUUGCUCAUGUAAGUCGCUCUGGGUAAGAGCGUCUGCUAAAUGAUUAAAAUGUAAUGUAAUGCAUGUAUCAUGAUGAUUUUCUGGAAUCUUAGAAGUCGCUGUUCCUUUUUUAACAAAUAUCUUGUGUGUUCUGCAUGCACGUUGAGGAAUGGGUUGGGUCUCUAUACUGAAGGAGUGUAGUCAUUAAAUCAGUUUACAUGUUGGUUCUAUAAUGAGUAUUGGGGCAGUACAAAGAAGUCCCCCCCCCCCCCGUUGUGCCAAUACUCAUUAUAGAACCAAACAGGCUUCUUUGCUUGCUGAAUAGGUUUACAGAGAUAAUCAAGAAAGUUUCUAUGUCAGGUCAUUAAUGACACUUCUUUCUCUUCCUGCUCUGUAACAUUAUGUUGAGUAACAUACUUAACAGUACCAUUUUGCUCUCUGUAACAUCGUUUUAUUUUACGUUCUCGAGGAGCGGUUCACGGACGACUGUAGGUUCCGGGAGCGUUUCCAGGAGAACAGCUACAACACGUACGCCUCGGUGUUGCACCGGAACCACCGGACGGGACGGGACUGGUACGUGGCCCUGAACAAGAGAGGCAAAUCCAAGAUGGGCUCCAGCCCCAGGGUCAAAUCACAGCACGUUUCCACGCACUUCCUCCCCAGGCUCAAUGUGCACCACCUGCAGAGCGUUCGAGGCUUCGCCAUCACCAACAGGAGCAAAGAGAGGAGGAACAGCCUUCCACCACAACCGGCACUCGCCAAACCGCCCUCACAGCCAAAUGCAGGGACAAGGAAGAGGGUGCAGACUGUCAAGUACUGGCCCAAGUUUCGGUUUGGAUAG